GCCAGGCCAGGCCCGGCCCGGCCGCCCGAGCAGGCCUUGCGCGGGGCGCGGGCGCAGGCCGGAGCCAUGGGCGAGACCAAGAUCAUCUACCACCUGGACGGCCAGGAGACGCCGUACCUGGUGAAGCUGCCGCUGCCCGCCGAGCGCGUCACCCUGGCCGACUUCAAGGGCGUGCUGCAGCGGCCCAGCUACAAGUUCUUCUUCAAGUCCAUGGACGACGAUUUCGGAGUGGUGAAGGAGGAGAUUUCAGAUGACAAUGCCAAGCUUCCCUGCUUCAACGGCCGUGUGGUGUCCUGGCUGGUGUCUGCAGAGGGCUCACACCCUGAGCCAGCACCCUUUGGUGCGGAUAACCCUGCUGAGCUGCCGCCACCCAUGGAGCGCACAGGGGGCAUUGGGGACUCCCGGCCUCCUUCCUUCCACCCUCUUGCUGGUGGGGGCAGCCAAGAGAACCUGGACAAUGACACGGAGACGGAUUCCCUGGUGUCUGCCCAGCGUGAGCGGCCGCGCCGAAGAGAUGGCCCCGAGCAUGCCACUCGACUCAAUGGCACAGCCAAGGGGGAGCGUCGACGAGAGCCGGGCGGCUACGACAGCUCAUCCACUCUGAUGAGUAGCGAGCUGGAGACCACCAGCUUCUUUGACUCGGAUGAAGAUGACUCCACUAGCAGGUUCAGCAGCUCCACGGAACAGAGCAGCGCCUCACGCCUGAUGAGGAGGCACAAGCGGCGGCGGCGGAAACAGAAGGUGUCGCGGAUCGAGCGGUCCUCAUCCUUCAGCAGCAUCACGGACUCCACCAUGUCCCUCAACAUCAUCACUGUCACGCUCAACAUGGAAAAGUACAACUUCCUGGGCAUCUCCAUUGUGGGCCAGAGUAACGAGCGAGGGGACGGCGGCAUCUACAUCGGCUCCAUCAUGAAGGGCGGUGCUGUGGCUGCUGAUGGCCGCAUCGAGCCUGGGGACAUGCUGUUACAGGUCAAUGAGAUCAACUUUGAAAACAUGAGUAAUGACGAUGCAGUGCGUGUGCUGCGGGAGAUUGUGCACAAACCAGGGCCCAUCACCCUGACUGUAGCCAAGUGCUGGGACCCAAGCCCCCGUGGCUGCUUCACCCUGCCCAGGAGCGAGCCCAUACGGCCCAUUGACCCUGCAGCCUGGGUCUCCCACACGGCUGCCAUGACCGGCACCUUCCCCGCCUACGGCAUGAGCCCCUCCCUGAGCACCAUCACCUCCACCAGCUCCUCCAUCACCAGUUCCAUCCCUGACACAGAGCGCCUAGACGACUUCCACUUGUCCAUCCACAGUGACAUGGCGGCCAUAGUGAAAGCCAUGGCCUCCCCUGAAUCUGGGCUGGAGGUCCGAGACCGCAUGUGGCUCAAGAUCACCAUCCCCAAUGCGUUCAUCGGCUCGGACGUGGUAGACUGGUUGUACCACAAUGUGGAAGGCUUCACGGACCGGCGGGAGGCCCGCAAGUAUGCCAGCAACCUGCUGAAAGCUGGCUUCAUCCGUCACACCGUCAACAAGAUCACCUUCUCCGAGCAGUGCUACUACAUCUUUGGCGACCUCUGUGGCAACAUGGCCAACCUGGCCCUGCACGACCACGACGGCUCCAGCGGCGCCUCCGACCAGGACACGCUGGCACCGCUGCCGCACCCAGGUGCCGCCCCGUGGCCCAUGGCAUUCCCCUACCAGUACCCACCACCCCCGCACCCCUACAACCCGCACCCCGGCUUCCCUGAGCUGGGCUAUAGCUACGGCGGGGGCAGCGCCAGCAGCCAGCACAGCGAAGGCAGCCGGAGCAGCGGCUCCAACCGCAGCGGCAGCGACCGGCGGAAGGAGAAGGAGCCCAAGGCUGGGGACUCCAAGUCGGGCGGCAGUGGCAGCGAGUCGGACCACACGAGCCGCGGCAGCCUGCGAGGGCCGCGGGAGCGGGCGCCCAGUGAGCGCUCGGGCCCGGCCGCCAGCGAGCACAGCCACCGCAGCCACCACUCGCUGGCCAGCAGCCUGCGCAGCCACCACACGCACCCCAGCUACGGGCCCCCAGGCGUGCCCCCGCUCUACGGGCCCCCCAUGCUGAUGAUGCCCCCGCCGCCCGCUGCCAUGGGGCCGCCGGGUGCACCUCCCGGCCGCGACCUGGCCUCGGUGCCCCCCGAACUGACCGCCAGCAGACAGUCCUUCCGCAUGGCCAUGGGCAACCCCAGUGAGUUCUUUGUGGAUGUGAUGUGAGCAGGGCCCCCCACUCCACCUGCC